AUGGAUAAUCUACAUUCUAUUGAACACUCAAUUUCUGCACUAACAGAACACUUUAAUGCGCGUAUGGCUGACUUUCAACGAAUAAUUCAGACAUCAAUUCCUGCUACAAGUCCAUCUUCAAAUGUUGCUGCACAGUUUGCUGCAUUUAGAGUGUUUGUUCUGACAUCGCUUGAGAGUCUGCAACUACAAGUCCAGGUACUGUCAAAACAGUAUGACAUAAUGGAGACACGGAGUAGAAGGAAAAUGCUGUUGGUUCACGGUGUGUCCGAGGUGCAGAAAGAAAAUGUGUCCUCUGCAGUUAUGAAAGUAUUGUCCAGUCAUCUUGGCCUGCCAGAACUCACAGUAUCCAAGCUCAGUUAUUGUAAGCGCUUGGGUCAGCCUAAGGAUGGCAAGGCUCGGGCCAUAUUGAUAAAAUUCAGUGACUUAUCAGUUAGAAAUGAAGUCUGGUCCUUGAAAACUCGGUUAAAAGGCACCGGGGUCACUAUAUCUGAGUUCUUGACAAAGGAGCGACACGAUGCAUUUCAGGCUGCAAGGCAAAAGUUUGGUGUUUCUCAAUGUUGGACAAGGGAUGGAACCAUUAUAGUUCUUGGUUCUGAUGGUAAACGUCAUAGGGUCUUCACAGUUGCAGAUGUCAAAGUGAUCAUAUCAAAACUAGAUAAUGUCUCGAUGCCUACCACUUCUGCCACUGCGGAUCAAGCAAGUGCUGUGGCUGGUCACUCUAGUGUUGUGCACUCAAAUUCUGCAGUUCCUGCGCCGAGGAGCACAAGGCCACAGGCAGAGAAAGCUAGGAGAGCUGUUAGGAAGUAAUGCCUGGACAUUCUUUUACUGUACAAUUCCCUUUUAAAUUUUUAAUUUUGUCCUAAUAUGUUGUAGGUAUAGUUUAGCUAAAACUUGUGUGAUGAUGAUUUUUAGAUUUUUACUUUGGUGUUAUUGAUAAACGUAAUCCUAUGCUAAUAACUAAAAUACCCACAAGUGAUUUAUUUGAAAGAGACAAACAUUUAUUAACUUUUCGAAUUGUCAAUUGUAGUUGUCAUUAGAUCAUUAAUGUCACUUGUCAUUUUUCGACCAUAGACAAGCUUUGUAAGCGUGAAGUCAAUAUUACCAGUUUUUAAUGUUUAUAUCCUC